GUUAUUUGUCCCUACAUGUGUUGAAGCUAUAGCUGUACCUUGAUUGUGGACGGUAUCCGACUAAACACAAGAUCAGCUGGAAUCACUGAAAUUUGCAUCGAAUUCGAAGUUACUUCCUUGCUCUAUGCUUCGUUCCUCGUUCGUUUUGUCGAUUUUUUUUGUACAUUUGGGAGAUUAUGGCAACCGUCAAGUCAUGGAUAGGUUCAGAGAGGCACAGAGAACGUGUGGGUGAUUUACUGAGCACAUUAGAUGUACCGUCUCUCAAGGGAAAGAAAGUUCUGGUGACAGGUGGCGGUGGUUUCUUUGGCAUUCAUCUAGCGAGGGCGCUACACAUGCUUGGAUGCGCAGUGGUUAUAACCGACAAAGGAACGCCCAUUGAGGACUACAGCAAAGAUAUCACAUUUGUGCAGGGGGACAUCAGGGACAGAGAUUUGGUGGAGGAACUCUGCAAAGAUGUCAACUGCGUAUUCCAUAUUGCAUCGUUCGGCAUGUCAGGAGCAGAAAUGAUGAAGAAAAGAGAUUUUAUAGAGAGCAUCAAUGUUGGAGGAACAGAAAAUGUCAUAGAAGCAUGCAUCAAGCAGAACGUUGCUCGGCUAGUUUACACCAGUACCAUCAAUGUUGUUUUGGGCAGCAAGGCGUUUGACAUGGCUACUGAGGCAGAGCUCCCACGGAUCCCUCCUGAGGAGCAUGCAGAUGACUACUCCAGAACUAAAAGCAUUGCAGAGGUGCUUGUCUUAAAAUCAAACGGACGACAAACACAAAAUGGUGAGAUAUUGCACACGUGUGCAAUCAGACCACCGGGCAUCUAUGGUGCUGGGGAACAGAGACAUUUCAGUAGGAUUGUGGGCAUUUUAAAAAUCUACAAGGCAAACCUGGGCAGUCCUGACAGUAAAACAAACUGGGUUCAUGUGGACAACCUGGUGAAUGGCCACCUACUGGCGGCAGACGGGCUGUCGGCAGGCAAGAAUCACAUAUCGGCGAACCAGGCGUACUUCAUCACAGACGAGACACCCAUCAACAAUUGCCUUUUCUUCAAACCAAUCAUCACCGGCUUAGGCUACACCUUCCCUGAUGCUUGGCUUCCACUUGGUGUGCUAUAUUGCCUAGCCUUCCUGUCUGAAAUUGUGCAUUUUCUUGUGAAACCGUUUUACAACUUUGUCGGCUUCACUAGAACUGAGAUGUUCCAGGCAGCUCUCCACCACACAGUCAGCUAUGAGAAGGCACAGGACCAGCUGGGUUAUCAGCCUCUCCAACGGGGUUUAGAAGACUCCCUGGCUCACUUACGUCAGUUAGGCUACGGCAAAGACCCUGAAACUAGCUCUAGUUGGACCUCGUCCCUUCUCUUCAAGAUCGUUCUGUCAAUCACUAUCAUCAUUGUCUUGGUUGCAGUUUUGCUGUAGACUGGGCAGGGAUUCAUUGGGUUGGGUUCGGAUUGAGGCUGCCAGUGUACUAGUGUGCAGUUGUUUUUGCCAACAGAACUUCAUUGGUUUUCUUAAAGUUUGGUUCAAUGUACUAUAAUUGUACUUUGUAACUUGCCUUCAUAAGAGUAUGCCUACCUAUGUUUUUUUUAACAUUUAAAAAAAAUCUUACAACAGUACUAAUUCACAGACUGGCCAUAGACCUUAUGCGUUGCGGGUGUCUCAUCAAAGGCUGUUCUUUGUUAGUUUAAUUCAGUAACGAUGAAUACACAAAAGGAUCACUCAUACCUAUCCAGGUGAUAACAAAACAAUUGCCCACGAACACCUUAGCACACAAGGUCUAUAGAUACCAAAGUUUUCCUGCGUAUUCUGGUUUACGCGCAGAGCUUAUUAUUGACAUCAACGUGCUCACACUAGAACAAAGACAGAUGACAUCACACGUCGUUUCUCUAUGGUGUUUUGGUGUCUUUAGUGUUUUGAGUAAGAUUCUUAGGUGAUUAGAGAAAUCAUAAGGUUGGAGUUUUCCCAUUGGUCAUUUUGUUUUUGGCAAGUAGUGCAAAACAAUUAAAAACGAAUCAGUUUAUCAGUAUUACAUUGUCAUUUGGUGUGCUAGAAAUAUUCUUAAGAGAGAUGAGAAUAAUGUGUGCUUUGUUGUGAAGAAGAGGUACUGGUGUCUGUGACUCGACACAAGAUUACUCAGGAAUGCUGCUUCGUUCCUAACCAUAUUUACCACUUUUGAAAAACUUUACCAUGUGAACUUGAACCAGAUUAAGUUUUCCAUGUUUGUGCACAAACCUUCAGAAAACGUUUUGUCUGUUGUAUUCAAUUUUCAAACUGUGAAGGUGAUGUGCCGAUGACAACUUUGAAAAUUAUGUAAAAUGGUAAAUGGUUUACUCUAGAUUUUUGCACAGACCUCAAAUUUUUUUCUUGCACAAAAUUCAGAAAUCAUUGUGAAAUCUAUUUUUACGUACAAUUUUUCAAAUUUUGAAGGUACUAUUGUUUUGCCGACGACAACUUUGAAACUUGUGUGAGUUGGAUGUAAUUGUAGAUGCUUUAUUCUAGAUGUACAUGUACAUAUACAUGUACAUUAAUGCAGAGUCAGGCUGUCAUAGAAAGACUGUGUAUUACAAUUUAUGUAAUAGUUGUGAUUAUAAUUAAGACAUUUAUUCCAGAUUAUUUGUUAUUAAAUGUUUGUAUUUGUUGCUAUUAAGA